AGGUUUGUGGCUUUUCCCUUCAACAUAUCCUGCUUUUACAUGGUAACAGAGAGCUGAAGAAAGGGUGCUGAAGAUGGCAGUUUGGAUCCAGGCCCAGCAGCUCCAGGGGGACGCAUUGCACCAGAUGCAGUCCCUCUAUGGCCAGCACUUCCCCAUCGAGGUGCGCCACUACCUGUCCCAGUGGAUUGAAGGCCAGCUGUGGGACUCGAUUGACUUGGAGAACCCGCAAGAGGAGUUCAAAGCCAAGCGCAUGCUAGACAGUCUGAUCCAGGAGCUGCAGAAAAAGGCGGAGCACCAGAUGGGUGAGGACGGCUUCUUGCUACGAAUCAAACUGGGCCACUACGCCACCCAGCUCAAGAGCACAUACGACCGGUGUCCGCUGGAACUGGUGCGAUGCAUCAAACACAUUCUCUACACGGAACAGAGGCUGGUCCGAGAGGCCACAAAUUCGAGCUCCCCAGGGGGUGGGAUGUUGGAUAGCAUGUCUCAGAAGUAUCAGCAGAUCAACCAGGCCUUUGAAGAGCUUCGUGUGAUGACGCAGGAAACAGAGAAUGACCUGCGCAAGCUGCAGCACAACCAGGAAUACUUCAUCAUCCAGUACCAGGAGAGUCUGCGAAUUCAGGCCCAGCUCAGCAGCCUGUCCACCCUGCCCCCUGCUGACCGCCUGCUGAGAGAGCCCAGCCUGCAGAGUAAGAGGGCCACCGUGGAGGCCUGGCUGACCCGGGAGGCCAACACACUACAGAAAUACAGACUGGACCUGGCAGAGAAGCACCAGAAGACCCUGCAGCUGCUUCGGAAGCAGCAGACCAUCAUCUUGGACGAUGAGCUGAUCCAGUGGAAGAGACGGCAGCAGCUGGCAGGCAACGGGGGGCCAGCGGAGGGGGGUCUGGACGUCCUGCAGUCAUGGUGUGAAAAGCUGGCAGAGAUGAUCUGGCAGAACCGACAGCAGAUCCGGCGAGCAGAACACCUGCGGCAGCAGCUGCCCAUCCCUGGACCUAUUGAGGAGCUGCUGACCGAGCUCAACAGCACCAUCACAGACAUCAUCUCUGCACUGGUCACCAGUACAUUUAUCAUCGAGAAGCAGCCCCCGCAGGUCCUGAAGACACAGACCAAGUUUGCUGCCACAGUGCGGCUCCUGGUAGGGGGCAAGUUGAACGUGCACAUGAAUCCCCCUCAGGUCAAGGCUACCAUCAUCAGCGAGCAGCAGGCCAAGGCCCUGCUGAAGAACGAGAACACAAGGAAUGACAGCAGCGGUGAGAUUCUCAACAACAACUGUGUGAUGGAGUACCACCAGACCACUGGCACCCUCAGCGCACACUUCAGAAACAUGUCUUUGAAGCGGAUCAAGCGCUCGGACAGACGCGGAGCCGAAUCCGUUACGGAGGAGAAAUUCACAAUUCUGUUUGAGUCGCAGUUCAGCGUGGGCGGAAAUGAGCUAGUAUUUCAAGUCAAGACGUUAUCACUUCCUGUGGUGGUGAUUGUCCAUGGUAGCCAAGACAAUAAUGCCACAGCAACGGUACUUUGGGAUAAUGCUUUUGCUGAGCCGGGUCGUGUUCCCUUCAUCGUUCCGGAUAAAGUGCUGUGGCCACAGCUGUGCGAGGCGCUAAACAUGAAGUACAAGGCUGAAGUGCAGAGUAAUCGGGGCCUGUCAGAGGAGAACCUGGUCUUCCUGGCCCAGAAGGCCUUCAGCAGCUCCAGCAUAAAUCCAGAGGACUAUCGCAACAUGACAAUGUCCUGGUCACAGUUCAACAGGGAAAGCUUACCUGGACGGAACUUCACCUUCUGGCAGUGGUUUGACGGAGUCAUGGAGCUCAUGAAAAAGCACCUUAAACCACACUGGAAUGAUGGGGCUAUCCUGGGCUUUGUGAACAAGCAGCAGGCCCAGGACAUGCUGAUGUCCAAACCCAACGGUACUUUCCUGCUACGCUUCAGUGACUCUGAGAUUGGAGGCAUCACAAUUGCCUGGGUGGCUGAAAACCCGAACAAAGCAGGAGAGAGGAUGGUGUGGAACCUCAUGCCCUACACAACCAAAGACUUCUCCAUCCGCUCCCUGGCUGACCGCAUCAGUGACCUCAACCACCUUCUGUUCCUCUACCCUGACCGACCCAAGGAUGAGGUCUUCUCCAAAUACUACACCCCACCACUCUCAAAAGCAGUGGAUGGCUACGUCAAACCACAGAUCAAACAAGUUGUGCCUGAGUUCGCCACAGCCAAUCCUGAUCCGUCUGGUGGAAACACCACCUACAUGGAUCAUGCAGCCUCCCCGUCUGUCAGUCACCCCCAUAACUAUGGCAUGUACCCAGCCAUGAGUGACUCGAUGCUGGAUGCGGAUGGUGAAUUCGACCUGGAAGACACCAUGGAUGUUGCAAGACAUGUAGAGGAGCUGCUGCGUCGGCCAAUGGAAAACCAGUGGAGUGGCCAGCAGUCGUGACCCUCGUCCUCUGACCUUGCACCACACCUAAAGAAAGCACCCUUGAAUAUUCUGAUGGUUUGAUUCCAUUGUCCAUUUUUUAUUUCUGUUUAUUUUAUUUUAAAUAACCACAAUGUGAAAUUGUAAAAAUGGUUGUUAAUCAUAGUCAUUUUUUUGCUGUUGGUUUCUCUUUCGGUGUGCUAAACAGUACAGUAGGUUCGAUGUGUUCCCCUUUGGUAAACAUAUAAAAAAGAAAGAAAGAGAGACAACCCUUAGUCGAAAAUCUACAUUGCUGAAAUGACAUUUGCCAUGUUGCUCAAAUCCAGUUUGAAGUCUGCAUUUUUUUCUGUUUGAAUGAAGCAUUUCCAAAGCACACAGAUGGAGAAAACAACAGCAAAGAAGCUACUCUAAAACUGCUCUACAAAAGAAUUAAAGGGUCAACAUGUUUAAAUAAUGGUUCUCCAAAAGCUGUCUAACAAUAUUUGAUUAACUGCCUAAAAAAUUGUUGUAGGUGACAUUAUCAUUAUUAUUGUUAUGAUAACAUCAUGUAAGUGCGGCUCUUUUUUAUAAUUAUUUCCAAGUGCUCAGUGCUUGGCGGUGAGUUUUGACUGGGUUGUGGCCCCUACAAUGAGAGGGGACUAUAAACUGACCAAAGUACAAGACCCCUCCAGCACUUUCCAUCUCAUCCCAGUAGUACACUAAAAUAAGCACUUGCUUGUAUUCUCGGCCCUUGCCACAGUUUAUCUUGCAGUGGCUUCCCUUGUAUUUCCCCGGCUUGUUUUUGCACCCUGCGUUGUAAAGGUGUAGAGGUGUGCUGUGUUUGAAUGGUUAGUAAACAUCAGGUGUGCUGUGUUUGAAUGGUCAGUAAACAUCAAUGUGAGGGCCUCACUGGCUGACAGAGAAUUAAGCAGUGUUCCCACUCCCCUGUGCCCACACCCAUUCCUACACGGCCCCUCCACUCCAGUACACCCCCUGCUGUCAAUCGCAAUCACUAAAAAGCCAUAAGGUCUCAGGACAGGAUUACUGUGACAGCUGGAUGUAUCAAACAUGGCAAACAGAGAAGAAAAAAUAUAUGUAUAUGAAUUUAUUUUCUUUAAGAUAAUGCUAUUUUACUAACAUGUAAAUCUCUUGCAAGUUAAGAAUAGUAGGAGGAAAAUGGCCGACACUGCAAACAUAGAUCGUCAUCAAAACGAAUGAAAAA